GCGGCGCGGAGCGGGAGCCUGCGGGGCUGGGCUGGGCUGUGCGGGGUCCCUGAUCCGCCCCCACUAGCCGCGGAGAGAGGGAGAGGGGGCAAGACCUGGGGACGGGGGGAGAUAAGGGCAAGGGGGGGAACAAGCCCCCCCUCCCGCUCCCCCACCCCGAACAAAGUGCAAGAGAAAGUUUCGUUUUAAAACAAGAGCAUCUAGCCCCAGCACGGGGCAGAGAGGAGAAGCUGGGCCAGAGAUGUGAGCUGCACCUACUAACGGGGGAAACGCCACUUACUUCCCCGGGAGCGAUGGGCAAGUGACUCCCACCCUGGAGCCAGCAGAGACCAGGAAAGAGGUCUGGAUUUUUUUUUUUUUUUUUUAAACAAAAGCAAGCAACCAAAAAGCCUCCCCAACCAGAUCAGAAGCAUGAGGCACCAGCCGCUGCUCUUGCCCUAAGGAGAAGGUGAGAAAGAAGGCAAGAAACAGGAGCUAUGCAGGCACCGGACCUGUAGAUGCAUGAGAUUCUCCUUGCACCUUGAGGACGGGGGUGAUUUGUUUGCCUGACAGCCAUGCAGCAUAAAGGCAUCACGCUGAUCGUCUUCUUGGAGUAUAUCGUUGCUGGCCAAGGUGAGGCAGAUCCAGUGAAGCUCCGAUCCUUCCGCUGCGAUGGCCAUGCCUGCAAUCCUCCUGUGGGGGAUCUAGCAACAGGCAGGACUCCAGUCACUCUUACCACGUGUGGGCAGAACAGCACCGAACUUUACUGCUUCUACCCAGACCAGAAUCUCCUCCAUCAGGCUUCCCAAGGCUGCGGGCAGCCGAGAUGCACGAAAUGCAAUGCCAAUCAGCCCGACAAUUCCCACCUUCCUGCUGAUAUGACAGACGAUUUCUUUCUGAACCCUGUCUCCUGGUGGCAAUCUGCACAAGGAGUUCACAGGGAGGAAAUUAGGCUGGACUUCGAAACGGAGGUCUACCUGACCCACGUCAUAGUAGUGUUCAAGUCGCCUCGCCCGGCCGCGAUGGUGCUGGAAAGGUCCCAGGACUAUGGUCAGACUUGGAGGCCCUAUAAAUAUUUUUCCGUCAACUGUACAGCCACUUUUGGGCUCCAAGAUGACAUCAUUGAAGAGGGCUCGAUGUGCACUUCCAGGUAUUCAGACGCAGUUCCUUGCACCAGAGGUGAGGUGAUUUAUCGUGCUUUAACUCCAGCCAACAAGAUUGAAGAUCCAUAUAGUCCUGAGGCCCAGGACCUCCUGAAACUAACCAACCUGCGCCUCCUUUUAUUAAAAAGGCAAGAUUGUCCCUGCCCUGGUGUGGGGUUGCUGGAGAAACCUCAGAGAUUUGCCCACUAUGCUGUUUAUGACCUGAUUGUCCGAGGAAGUUGCUUUUGCAAUGGGCAUGCAGAAGAAUGUGAGCUUGUCUACGGGAAGGAGAAUGUGGAAAAUGUGGUCCAUGGGAAGUGUGUGUGCAGACACAACACAGCAGGGGACCACUGUGAGAGGUGUGCGCCAUUAUACAAUGACCAGCUUUGGAAGCCAGGAGAUGGAAAAACUGGUGCAUCAAAUGAAUGCAGAAGGUGCCGCUGUCACAACCAUACGGAUAGCUGCCACUUUGACCUGGCUGUUUGGCUGGCAUCAGGAAAGCGCAGUGGUGGAGUCUGUGACAACUGCAAACAUAACACAGAGGGGCAUCGGUGUCAAAGGUGCAGACCUGGGUUUUACCGAGAUAAGGAGAAACCUAUGUCUUCUCCUGAAGCCUGCAGACCUUGCUCCUGUCAACCUACGGGCUCAGCCAAUGCUACCAUCAGCAGAAGCUGGCGGUGCCACCCGAAGACUGGAUUCUGUUACUGCAAGCCAGGCGUGGCAGGCCCGAACUGUGACAGAUGCCUCAUGGGAUACUGGGGGUUUGGAGAAAAUGGCUGUCGUCCUUGUGAUUGUGCCAGAGACUGUGACCAGCACACUGGAAACUGUUUCAAUGGUUAUGACAAUAAGCCAUUUUUCAAUGUCCCCCUUGGUGGACGAAUCCCAGACCUCAUUCACACACCCGCCAAUGAAAGUGAAGAUGAAUGGAAAUGGAAUGAUCAUGAGCAGGGAUUUUCUGCAUUGAGACAUCCAGAAAAGUGCGUGUGCAAAGAAAAAGUGCUUGGAAGCGUUACCGAUUUCUGCCAAAUGAAAUAUGCGUAUGUGAUAAAAGCACGAAUUCUAUCAGCUCAUGACAAAGGAACCCAUGCAGAAGUUGUUGUGAAGGUGAAGAAGAUUUUGAAAUCAGGCAAAGUGAAAAUUGCUCGGAAUAACAGGAGUAUCUACCCGGAGUCCUGGACCCAUAGGGGAUGCACAUGUCCCAUUCUCAAUCCUGGUACAGACUACCUUAUAGCAGGCCAAGAGGACUCAAGAACUGGCAAACUGCUUGUGAAUAUGAACAGCCUGGUAAAACCCUGGAAGGCAUACUUAGGCAAACAAGCAGCAGACAUUCUUCGAACUGGGUGUAGAUAAUUUUUCCUUCAGAAAUUAAAGUGAUGAACUUUACCUUUACAUUACAAUGCAGUGAAAGGCGUAGUUAGCUCAUAUGUUACCAUUCAGCACAUUCUUAGCUCAAGGAAGGAAAAUGGACGUAAACCUUCCUUUCCCCUACCUGCUUAAGCCAGGAACACUUGGGCAUGACUUCAAAAAAAUACAUCCCAUCUUAUUAUAUGGAAUUAACCACUGCAUCACAUGUAGCUUACAAGUCGCAGUUCUUAGCUUCAGCCCAGUUCCACAGAACCCAAAGAAUCUACAAGGCAAAAAGUUGAAACUAUGGGUUAUGUGUUUCCACACUUCAGGACUAAGCCUGAUAUUAAUAAGUAUAAGCUGCUUCCAUAGUGCAUUCUUUACUUGGGUGUCGUUUCCUUUAUUUAAGUAACCAUUAACUGGCAAAAAUGUUCAGCUUUUACCGGUGGCAAAAUACUAAACAAUAUGUCAAAUGACACUUGAUUUUGUUUUAGAAGAGCUCAGUUACUUUUAUUCACCACGCAAACUGCAGUUAGAUUGAUGUAAGACAUGUUACUUUCUUCCGUAAUAUAUUGUUGCUGCACAAAGACAAACUAACAUUGGAAUUAUAUCCAAUGAGGUCCUCUAUAGAUGUGCCUUGUCCAUGUCAGUGCAGAAAUGCUGUUGCAGACAGAACUUCUGGCCCAUCGUGGACUCUUGGUACCAUGCCAUUUUUCCUAUCACAGCUCUGUGCUGCAGCACUUCUGUCCAUAAUGUCAUUUAACAUCAGGUUUCAGAAGGAUAGCUACCAAGGAGCCUUGUACCAGGAGAGUGUUAUGUCAAGCCACAGCUCCUUGUGGAGGUGUUGGAAGCUGGUCCAGUUUUAGUACGUGACAUUACAAAAGCACCAAGGCAGAGGUAUGAGGGAGCUUUCCUAAUCUGUGGAGGUCUCAGUAACUGCUGGGACAGUCAUCUGGUUAUUCUGUUCUUUGCUCUGUAUGCCAUAUGUGGUAUUUGAUUGCAGGUAGCCUUUUUCAUACCGUUCUUUUAUAGUAGCUCAACUUUUCUCAAGUUAAGUUGCCUUCCAAUUGUGUUUGAGGUUUGUUUAGGGUGAUGGGUAUGGGUGAUGGUAUCUCCACUCUGAGUAAAGUACAUCUCUUCUGCAGAAGGAUUUCCCAUGGAUUAAUUUUAGUUUGUUCUGUAGCAAGUAAGAAACCAGUGGGACUGAAAAUUCCUCAGACUACUAUGGGAGAAAGCAAUGAUUUCUUUGUUAUCUGUGCCCAGGUGACAGGAAAAUUAUAACCAAACCAAGUUGGUUCAGGAGUACCAUAUGUUCCAUUAAUAAGUAAAGCAUAAAUCAGAAGUCUAUUUCAUAUAUGCUCCUUAUGUACAUCUUUGAUUUAUGCCCCAAGGACAGGAAAAGAAGGGGAAGGGAUUUGCUGUGUAUGCUGGUAUCUCAGUGCCACAUAAGGGGACCUAGAAAAACCCCAGGACAAUGAAAAGAGGCUGUAGGUCUGGGUUAUAGAGUGUCUAAUGUGAAAUUGAGAUAAGUGGUCAGACAGUCCAGAUCAGUGACUGGUACCUGACCCCUGGGGAUGCUGAAAAGCCUAGGCUUCUUGUUUUCAUCCCAUUGUGUGUCACCCUUUGUUUUGUUCAGGGGCUGAUGCACAUCAGAACAUCCGAAGGUCACAUUUCAGAUCGUUUUCAGCCAUUCACAGCUUUGGGUGAAAUGCUGCAUU